UAUAUAUGAACGCACCCAAACGGUUGUUUAUAAACCAAACAUGGCUAAAGAUAGUCUUAUUUCUCACCUCACAAUUGUCGGCAUCUUUCUGACGUUAUUUCAGCUCAUAAAAUCAGCACCGGAGGGUGCACUGGUCACUCAGGUUCCUGGCUUCAGUGGCACUUUCCCUUCAAAGCACUAUGCUGGGUAUGUGACCAUAGAUGAGAGUACUGGGAAGAGCUUGUAUUACUACUUUGUGCAGUCCGAGAGAAGCCCAUUAGAGGAUCCCGUGAUUCUGUGGCUCAAUGGUGGGCCAGGCUGCUCUAGCUUCGACGGCUUCGUCUAUGAGCACGGACCAUUCAAUUUUGAGCUGGGGAACACAAGUGACAGCCUUCCCAUUCUCCAUAUUAAUCCCUAUAGCUGGACCAAGGUCAGCAACAUUAUAUAUUUGGACUCUCCUUCCGGCGUUGGAUUAUCCUAUUCAGAAAAUGAAACUGACUACGUAACCGGGGACCUAAAGACUGCUUAUGAUUCCCAUGCCUUUCUCCUCAAGUGGUUCGAGCAAUAUCAAGAAUUCCUUUCCAAUCCAUUUUUUAUAGCUGGGGAAUCCUAUGCUGGAGUAUAUGUACCAACUCUGUCUUAUGAAGUAGCAAAAGGCAUUGAUGCUGGCAUACAUCCUAUUUUAAACUUUAAGGGUUACAUGGUAGGGAAUGGAGUGGCAGAUGAUGAGUUUGACGGUAAUGCCCUUGUGCCAUUUGCACAUGGGAUGGGCCUAAUCUCAGACGCAUUAUAUGAGGAAGUUGUAUCUGAAUGCCACGGAAAGUACUAUGAAACCAACAGUAGCACUUGUGAUGACAGGCUAAACAAAGUUGAUGCAGACAUUGCAAAUUUAAACAUCUAUGACAUUCUAGAGCCAUGCUAUCAUUCUAAAGGACCUAGUAGGAUCAUGAUUUCGAAUUCCAAAAAUUUACCAUUGAGCUUCCGGAAACUUGGUGAGACCAAAAGACCUCUUGCUGUGAGAACAAGAAUGUUUGGGCGUGCAUGGCCCCUUAGAGCACCUGUAAGAAAGGGAAUUGUCACAAUGUGGCCUGAGCUUCUCCGAAGUGGCAGUGUCCCUUGCUUUGAUGAUAGAGUUGCUACUGCAUGGCUGAGCAAUGCAGAAGUGAGAAAAGCAAUUCAUGCAGAAAAAGAAGAUAUUACUGGCCCUUUUGAGAUAUGUACGGACAGACUUACAUUUUCACAUGAUGCUGGAAGCAUGAUCAAAUAUCAUAAAAAUCUAACAUCUCGGGGUUAUCGGGCACUUAUAUACAGUGGAGAUCAUGAUAUGUGUGUACCGUACACUGGGACUCAAGCAUGGACAAAGUCGAUUGGGUAUAAGGUCACUGAUGAGUGGAGGGCUUGGAUGGUGGAUGAACAAGUGGCAGGAUAUGUUCAGGCUUAUGACCACAACCUCACCUUUCUCACUAUUAAGGGUGCGGGACACACUGUCCCAGAAUACAAACCACAGGAAGCUUUAACAUUUUAUACUCGCUGGCUCGAGGGAAUUAGCAUCUGAAGCAUCAGAUACUACAUAUGAGGAACAAGAUUAUGACAAUAUAUACGAAUAAUUCUUAUUUUUUUCCCUCAGUGUACUGGCUUUAUUAAUUUCUAUGGAAAUCUUGGUUUGCCAUGACUCUUUUGCUAUUAAUGAAAGAAACAAUCAUAAAGUCAUAGAACCUUAUGCUUUUUUUAUGGUAACCUUAUGCUUUGAUAUAUUCUGACUUUCCAGUGUGGCACAGACGUUUUCUGGAAUCAUUUAACCGUUGGUUAAAGUUAUAUUUAUAUAUUCUAGAUAUAUAACAGGGUAUGUUUGGAAUUUUGGAUAUGAAACA